UUUUUACAUUUAUAAUGUUAUGAGUUUGUGUGGUGUCUUGCCCAAUUUUGGUGGCCAUAUGUUUGUGAGGGGACUUUUUAAUUCUUGAGUGACCACAGUGAAGGAACUAAUGCUUAAAACACAUUGAUCAGUUCACUUGAGUUUUGUGUCUUGUAUUUUUGGCCAUUUCAAACUUGUUUUGUGGCUUUGUGACUGCAAAUUUGUGUUGUUUUGCUGUUUUUCCAUAUGUGUCUAUGUGAUCACUGUUGGGACACUUGUUGAUUAGGCUGAGUGGCUACAGCUGCUGCAUCCGACGCACCUGCUGGACUGAUUGGUGACACUCCUUUAAAAGACAGACUCUUGAGCUGUUCAGAUGGGCUCCGACUUCAGAGAACUCCACAUCAUAUUUCUCUGUUCGUUUGAGAGCGGGUGUCAAAUAGCUCUUUUGUGAGAAAUAAAGCCCCUUUGAAUUGUGUUUAUACCCUAAGCACAUUUAUUUCACCCUCCCCUCCUUUUUGUUUGGUUUUGUUUAUUAUAAUUCUUCCAGCCAUUUUGGCUGGCUUAGUGGGGGAUAGAGGCAAUCUACCUCUAUCACCUUUCCCAACCCAUUUUGUGACCUUUUGUUUGGUUUAUUUGUGUUGGGGUUCUUUGUUUUGUUACGGUUUUCCUUUUGAUACUUUAAUAAAGUUUGGGGUUCUGGGUAUUUUCCUGGGGUCCCGCUUGGGAAACGUAACAAAAACUAUUCUUCAUUAAUUAAAAACACUUAAAAAAUACACAUAAUCUUGUGUAAAAUUAAGGCUGGAAAAUGUAUUUAAAUUCUUGAAAAUUUCUGUAUUUUUAUGGGACUGUUUUUCCCCCUUUGUUUGACUGUUGUUUUGUUCUUUUUGCAUCCCAGCUGCGAGAUGGAUGGAUGGAUGGAUGGAUGGAUGGAUGGAUAGAUAGAUUUGAGCUACAGUCUGUCUAAUGAAACGAUUGAAAACGACACAAAUCACUCUUCUAUUAUCCCUUUGGCUUUUCAUUUAAGGUGACCUGAUGAUGUUUCGAUGAUUGACCAGCUCCUGCACAAUAUAUUCCUCCUGACCUCAUUGACCCUCAGAAGAUGCUGCCUUUAAAUGCUCCUGGAAAAACAUAAACUGAGUCCACAGAGACGAAACCUCUUUCUUUGGAGGACGCAGCAGACUAGCAUUAUGAGAGCCCUGAGUUUCUCCCACAGCUGUGUGCUGUGCUAAAAGUUGGGAAGUGAAGGCGCCCAGAGGCAGAGCUAUGGGCUGUGGAGGGAGCAGGACUGAUGCUCUGGAGCCUCGAUACCUGGAGAGCUGGACUAAAGAGACGGAGUCGACAUGGCUGACGAGCACAGACACCGAUAUCCCCCUGUCGUCUAUCCAGAGCAUCCCCUCCGAGAACUCCGAGGCCGGCUAUGCUUCUGAGAAAACGAUCAGCCCUGUUCCAGAUUUCUUUGAAGACGGCAUCCCUCCUCCUGCUCAGGCUUACCUGAAGGUCUGCUCAGCUGUAUCUGAAGCCAGCCUGAACGACGUGAAGCCCAGCAGCCCUCCUGCUAUACUGGCCUCUCCUCAGCAGGAGUCAGUGCUACCUUCAUCCGGCACCACGGUGCAGCGCCGCAGUGUUCUACACACCGAGGAGAUUACCAAAUGGCAGGACAAUCGCAUGUCGACCAAGCAGGUGACCAUCACGGUGACGCAGAGCAUCCACCAGGUGGACAAGAACGGGAAGGUGAAGAAGUCCCUCACCACCUACGAGGUCAUGAAACCCGUGGAGGCUCUCAAACAGGCGGCCACGCAAAACACUUGAGUGCAGGAGAGACUGGAAGAAGCCAAAAAAUAGAUAUGACUGUGAAAUAAGAACAACUAAACAUGCUUUUGUGCAGAAAGCUUUAAGGUCCGACAGCUGAGUGAAGCACAAGAACGAUACAGGAGUUAGACGGAAAAACGGGGAUCAUGUGUAACUAGACUGUGUAGUAUUUUAAACUGUAUAAUGUGUAUUUCCACUGUAGUUUGACACAUUGGAGACAUUUAAAACAUUAGUUUGGUCGGAGAAAAUCCAAACAAAAUGACAUUAUACAGUAGACACAGUAUCACAUGAAAAAAAUCAUCUGAAUCAACAUUAAGAUGCUUCUGAGGGUAAAUACAUGUGUAAAUCCGUUGCCAGAGUAUUAUCUCACACUGCUGAAUAUUAUGAAUAUUUCAUAGCUUUGUUAUUUGGCUUUGAAACACAACAUGUAGUCGCUGCUGUGUGUUUGGCUCAGGAAACUGGUGAUGAUUGCACUAUUUACAGUGAAGCCUGGACAGGAGUUGGUGAAAACUGUCUCACUGCAUCGUGUUGUUUUGUACAAUACAGUGUUCACUUUUUUAAUCAGGUGGAUUGUGUUUUCUAAUGACAAUAAAUCAGACUAAACAUG